AUGAAUAUCGAUCAAGAAGUCAAGCUGGAAAAGCUUCAAGACUCAUAUUGGUCAAUUCGCAUGUGUUUGAAUUGCAAACAAAAGUUGUUUAACAAAAGGCUGUACUUCAGAAAUGCGUACUCUGACACACAAGCUGAACUAUUGCAAUACUAUAGACAGGUAAAGGCUCUAGAAGACAAAUUUGAAAAGAGUAUACAGUCUUCGGAUAAGGCAGUUGAGCUAAAAAAUAUUGAUUUAUUGGGACGCAUGGAGAAGAUUGGAAAGCUCGUGUCCAAUAAAAUAAAUUCUUUGGAAUACGUCCUGGAGCAAAAUCAAUCAAAGCCAGGAUCGGUGUCGGUCAAGCCUGAUGAACUGAAGCUAUACAAAGCCUUGAAACUUCAUAUUGUGAUGUUUUUACAAGACAAUCUUCCGGGGUUGCGCAGAGCACAACAAGAGAAAUUGAAAAAAGAGCAAAGUGAACUCGAACAGCAAACCGGCGCCAACAAUUACAGACCUAGGUUGCUGAAGAAAGAAAUCAGGGAAUACAGAGAAAAAUUGAUGGUACUAAAUGAGCAAAAGUUCAUGGUGCAAAACCUGUACAACGACUAUAAAAAACGAAAAAAAUUCGAUGAUCUCAUAUCGCUCGAAGCUAAUUUGGAGGAUUUGCAACACGAGAUUGAUAUUAUCGAAGAAAAGCUGGGCGACAAUGCAUUUCAAUAA